UUCUCUGAAAGAGAGUGUGUUUACCUUUUGGUGAAGGUAGUCAUUGUUUUAUUGAGGAGAGGAGAAAUUCAGAAUGUCGGAUUUCGACAGUAACCCUUUUGCUGACCCGGAUUUCAGCAAUCCUUUUCAGGAUCCUUCGGUGACACAAGUGACGCGGAAUGCGCCCCCCGGUUUGGAGGAGUACAACCCUUUCACAGACGCAAAGUCGGUUCCGCCUGGCUCCGCCCCCAAAUCUAUGCCCCCGACCACUAACACACAACCGGCCAUCAUGAAACCCACCGAAGAGCCGCCAGCUUAUUCACAACCCCAACAAACACAGGAUCAGGCACGGGCCCAGGCAGAGUUGUUGAGGAGGCAGGAGGAGUUGGAAAGGAAAGCAGCAGAGUUAGACCGCAGAGAGAGGGAAAUGCAGUCCCUUAGUGCCUCAGGAGGAAGGAAAAACAACUGGCCACCUCUACCAGAAAAGUUUCCGGUUGGCCCCUGUUUCUACCAUGACAUAUCAGUGGAUAUCCCUGUGGAAUUCCAGAAAACCGUUAAGAUAAUGUACUAUCUAUGGAUGUUCCACACGGCGACGCUGUUUGUGAAUAUUUUCGGCUGUUUGGCGUGGUUCUGUGUGGAUGCCUCACGAGGCGUGGAUUUCGGUCUGGCCAUGCUGUGGUUCAUGCUCUUCACUCCCUGUUCAUUUGUCUGCUGGUACAGACCACUCUACGGGGCCUUCAGGAGUGACAGCUCUUUCCGGUUCUUUGUGUUCUUCUUUGUGUACAUCUGUCAGUUUGGUGUUCAUGUGUUGCAGGCUAUUGGAAUUACAGGCUGGGGAGCAAGUGGCUGGAUCUCUGCCUUGACUGGGCUGAAUAAGAGCAUUCCUGUAGGAGUCAUAAUGAUCCUCAUCGCCGCUCUCUUCACGGCUUCUGCCGUCAUCUCCCUCAUCAUGUUUAAAAAGGUCCACGGGCUGUACCGGACUACUGGUGCCAGCUUUGAAAAAGCCCAGCAGGAGUUUGCCACUGGCGUGAUGGCCAACAAAACCGUGCAGACUGCUGCAGCCAAUGCCGCUUCCAGCGCCGCCCGGGGAGCCUUCAAACAACAGAUCUGAUUGGCCCAGAGAAACAGAGUGCCCUCCCAUUUGCCGUCCAUGCUCCUACACUCAAUUACAUUCUUCUUAACCGUACUCACUCUGCCCCGUUCCCCACUAUUCAUAAGCUCAUAAAGCCCUGUCACUUGUGUGGAGGUUUCUUUUUCCCUGUUCUAAUUGAUUUAGUGCACUACUGAUCGAGACCUCGGCCCUUUUGUCAUUUGUGUGUGUGUGUGUGUGUGUGUGUGUGUGUGUGUGCACAAAUCCUGAAAGGCGGACGACUCAAACGAUCACUCCACAUACCUGUGUCCAGAUCACACACAGCAUACACCACAUCAGAGGAGCGUUGUUGAAAAGGAUCUAGUCCUGACCGGCUGUGUGGACCUGUCGUCUGCUCUGACGGGUGAGACAGGCCGUAGAGCUUUGACAGGCCUCUUGUAUGAUCAGAAGGGUUACCACUCAGACGCUACUGUUGAGCAGACUGGUGACAGAAAUAUUGCUCUCUGUAACACGAUUUUGUAGGAGAAAAAAAAAACACUUUUAUGCAAACGUACAAUAUUGCGUAAAGAUGAAAGAGAGCAUAAACAUCACAGAAUAAGAACUGUCAGAAUAUUACAUCUGCUUCACAGCUGAGAUAGUCCACACAGUUCCUAAGUUAUGUUCUAGCAGCAAAAAUUACACUCUGUGUGUGUGUGCGUGUGCGUGUGUGUGUGUGCGUGUGUGUGUGUGCGUGUGUGUGUGUGUGUGUGUGUGUGUGUCUGUGUGUCUGUGAGAAUGAGUGUGACCUCAACCAGAGUGGUCAUUUUUCAGGAAAACAGUCGGCUAAUUCUCCUCUAGACUGUACAUCCCCUGAGUGGUUCCCUUUUCCCGCUCAGUCUCUAAGACAGACUUAAGAGGAAAAGAAAGAUCUUUCUUAAGUCUGUAAGCCUCAGAUCAGUCCUGUAUGACAAGCGUCAUGUAGUCAAAUUAUUCAUUUCCACGUACGUACGCCACUGGAUAAAACCCACAAACACCAUGAUACUGCCUGUGCUCUCCCAUUGGCUGACACGGCUGCUUGUCACUCUGUAGCAUCUAGUAAUUGAUUAGAAUGGACUGUCUCUCAUGCCCUUGCACCUGUUUUGAGUCAAACCCUGAUAAACAACUUGGUCCUUUGACCCAAAAUGACAUCCGACACACUCCACACUUCCAGUGAGCAAGAGGGAACCGCGAUCCAUACAAAGCAAUCCAUAUGGUGUGGUCCUUUAGUUUUCCCAGACCACGUUUUCUCCCUUCUCUCACGCGCACUUUCGGUUUAGCGAGAUGAAACCGCGAGGACACGUUCGACCCCUUUUGACAUGUAUAUAAACUUG